AAAGAAAGCAGAACUGGUUGCCAGCUCAAACACGGAAACCUAGGUGAUAUUAUCAUCAAUUUGAUUGGAGCAAGGUAACAGGACCGCUCCCUUCUUUCCGUCCUCACGGAUCGCUCGGUAUUCAAGCUCAAUACCAAACGUCUGAUUCCUCUUACGUCUGCUGUCUUUUACACAUUGAUUGUCUUUGUUCGUCCGGCUGGGGUCGGCCUUUCACUGAUUCGGAUGUGUUUCUUGUCAUUACUGUGAAUGUCCGCAAGAAAAUGGCUCUCCGGGUUGUGUAUCGCCGUCCCGUACGGGGGGAGGGGCACUACCGCACAAGAGCGAAGUUCCUGACGCUCGCUCUGAAAAUGGCUAGCACCUUCUCCCGGGUCCUCACCAACAGGAAGGCGAGCGGAAUCCUGACUCUGGUGGGAGCCGGCUCCCUGGCGGCCGGUUACCUACUGACCAGGGAUGGCCUGAAGGCAGGGACCGAGAAGAGGAAACUCUACCCCGCCAGUGCCGACUACCCUGACCUUCGAAAGCACAACAACUGCAUGUCCUCCUGCCUGACCCCUGCAAUAUAUGCCAGACUUCGGGACAAGACCACACCCAAUGGCUGGACACUGGAUCAGUGCAUCCAGACAGGAGUGGACAAUCCUGGACAUCCGUUCAUCAAGACCGUUGGCAUGGUCGCGGGCGACGAGGAGUCCUAUGAGGUCUUUGCUGAAAUUUUUGACCCUGUGAUCAUGGAAAGACACAAUGGAUAUGAUCCGAGGACCAUGAAACACCCCACGGACUUGGACGCAAGUAAAAUCAGAGGCGGGCAGUUAGAUGAGAGUUACGUGCUGUCCUCCCGCGUGCGGACGGGUCGCAGUAUCCGUGGGCUGAGUAUGCCCCCUGCCUGUACCCGGGCUGAGAGGAGAGAGGUGGAGAGGGUGACCGUGGACGCCCUCGCUGGGCUGAAGGGAGACCUGGCCGGACGAUACUACAGUCUGUCCACCAUGACAGAGAAGGAGCAGCAGCAACUCAUCGACGACCAUUUCUUGUUUGACAAACCGGUGUCUCCUCUGCUGACCUCUUCGGGGAUGGCCAGAGAUUGGCCUGAUGCCCGUGGGAUCUGGCACAACAAUGAGAAGACGUUCCUAAUCUGGGUCAAUGAGGAGGACCACACUCGAGUCAUCUCCAUGGAGAAGGGGGGCAACAUGAAGAGGGUGUUUGAGAGGUUCUGCCGAGGCCUCAAAGAGGUGGAGAGACUGAUCUCGGAGAAGGGCUGGGAGUUCAUGUGGAGUGAGAAUCUUGGCUACAUCCUGACCUGCCCCUCUAACCUGGGCACCGGACUUCGAGCCGGGGUACACAUGAAGCUGCCACUACUCAGCAAGGAUCCUCGCUUCUCGAAAAUCCUGGAGAACCUGCGGCUACAGAAACGUGGCACAGGGGGAGUGGACACGGCAGCUGUGGGCAGUGUUUUCGACAUCUCCAACUUGGACCGGCUGGGAAAAUCUGAGGUGGAACUGGCCCAGUUGGUGAUUGACGGUGUGAACUAUCUGACUGAGUGUGAGAAGCGGCUGCAGAGAGGACAGGACAUCAAGAUCCCCCCACCGCUGAGCCAGAGCAAACGUUGAGCCCUCAGUAAUCAACCACACCCUGGGGGGGGCAAUGUGUCACUAAUGUGUUCCCAUGGCUGCAAACCCUGUGGAAUUCAUCCCAACAGCAGAUUAAAUAAACUCCCCAACUGUUAUAACCAACAUAA